AUGGAUAAUUCUCCAUCCAAAAAAUAUCCAGUAAAAAAACGAGUGAAAAUACAUCCCAACACAGUUAUGGUGAAAUAUACCUCUCAUUAUCCCCAACCUGGAGACGACGGGUAUGAAGAAAUCAAUGAAGACUAUGGCAGAUUCAUGGAAGAGAAUCCGAAGAGAAGUCUGCUGAGUGAAAUGAAGAGAAAAGGAAGAACUUUGUUUGGGACCGUGGACACUCAGCCUCCACUAACGGAAGACUCAAGAGGCAGUGGGAUGGCACAAUUCCAGAGCUUUGCAGAAAAAAACAUUUUUCAGUCCCGAAAAAUGUGGAUAGUGCUGUUUGGCUCUGCCUUGGCUCAUGGAUGUGUGGCUCUCAUCACUAGGCUUGUGUCUGACCGUUCUAAAGUUCCAUCUCUAGAACUGAUUUUUAUCCGUUCUGUGUUGCAGGUCUUAUCGGUGUUAGUUGUGUGUUAUUACCAGGAAGCUCCUUUUGGACCCAGCGGAUACAGAUUACGACUUUUCUUUUAUGGUGUAUGCAAUGUGAUUUCUAUCACCUGUGCUUACACCUCCUUUUCAAUUGUUCCUCCCAGCAACGGGACCACGAUGUGGAGAGCCACAACCACAGUCUUCAGUGCCGUUCUAGCAUUUCUACUUGUGGAUGAGAAAAUGGCUUAUGUUGACAUGGUUACCGUGGUUUGCAGCAUCUUAGGUGUUUGUCUCGUCAUGAUUCCCAACAUCGCUGACGAAGACAACUCUUUGUUAAAUGCCUGGAAAGAAGCCUUUGGGUACACUAUGACUGUGAUGGCUGGACUGACCACUGCCCUUUCUAUGAUAGUGUACAGAUCCAUCAGGGAGAAGAUCAGCAUGUGGACUGCACUGUUCACCUUUGGUUGGACUGGGACAAUCUGGGGAGUAUCUACUAUGUUUGUCCUUCAAGAACCUAUUAUCCCUUUAGAUGGAGAGACGUGGAGCUAUCUCAUUGCUAUAUGUAUCUGUUCUACUGUAGCAUUCUUAGGAGUUUAUUAUGCCUUAGACAAAUUCCACCCAGCUUUGGUCAGCACAGUACAGCAUCUGGAGAUUGUGGUAGCUAUGGUCUUACAGCUUCUAGUGCUCCACAUAUUUCCUAGUGUUUAUGAUGUUUUUGGAGGGGUGAUCAUUAUGAUUAGUGUAUUCGUCCUUGCUGGCUAUAAACUGUACUGGAGGAAUGUAAGGAGGGAAGAUUAUCAGGAAAUACUGGACUCUCCCAUUAAAUGA